AGGGUUCCCGGGGACUACCGAGUUUGAGCCACAGCUUAGUUUUCUCCUCUCGGCCACGCCUUCACUCACGCACGCCACGCCCAAUCGGCCACCCCAGGCUGGGCUACGCCCAAUCGGCGACCAGCCGGCUGGGCGUGGCUUACCGGAGUAGGCGGGGAGCGUUACGUGGCUGGACUACCGCUUCCACUCGCCACUGAGGCUCUUCGGAUCAAUUGAUGCGCGGUAGAUUGAGGAGAGGGUAAAACACUAUAGUGUGGGGUUGACUUUAAUGAAUUAAGAAAUAUUUGUUGAGUUUAGUUCAUUCAUCAUUUCGGACUCAAAGGGAACUAGGACAUUUGGAAAGAUUGCCAGCCUUCAAAGACUAGUGAGGACAUGGGCUGUCCACCCUGAAGAGAUUACGGCCUCUUUAAAGGAAAAGCAGUGUAACAGACUGUUAUAUGUGGCGCCCAUAAUAAGCGACGUAAAAAUUCCAAGAGAGGGAAUUAAAUUGGGAUUAAGAUGAGAAAAGUUUCAGGGAAGGAAAUAGGGAGACUUAACCUGGACUCUGAAGGAUAGGUGGAGUUAGAAGAAGAGUGUCAAGUGAAGGGAAGCAGAAAUGAGAUCAGUCUGCUCCCACCUCCACCGAAGAUCCCAACAGGACAACAUGCCUCCCAAGAAGCCUGAGCCUAAGAAGGAAGCAGCCAAGGCUGCCCCAGCCCCUGCUCCUGCCCCAGCUCCAGAACCCCCCAAGGAACCUGCCUUUGACCCCAAGAGUGUCAAGAUAGACUUCACUGCUGACCAGAUCGAAGAGUUCAAAGAGGCUUUCUCAUUGUUUGACCGGACGCCGACUGGGGAGAUGAAGAUCACCUAUGGGCAGUGUGGGGACGUGCUGCGGGCACUGGGCCAGAACCCCACCAACGCCGAGGUGCUGCGCGUCCUUGGCAAGCCCAAGCCUGAAGAGAUGAAUGCCAAGAUGCUGGACUUUGAGACGUUCCUGCCCAUCCUGCAGCACAUCUCCCGCAACAAGGAGCAGGGCACCUACGAGGACUUUGUGGAGGGGCUGCGCGUGUUUGACAAGGAGAGCAAUGGCACCGUCAUGGGCGCCGAGCUUCGCCAUGUCCUUGCCACCCUGGGAGAGAAGAUGACUGAGGCUGAAGUGGAACAGCUGUUGGCUGGGCAAGAGGAUGCCAAUGGCUGCAUCAAUUAUGAAGCCUUUGUCAAACACAUCAUGUCUGGGUGAAGCAGACCUCUCCAGGGUGCCUGGCCCUUGGCCUUAGCCUUUCUGGGGCGAGUUAAGCAAGUGGCCCAGAGUGACUGAGCUGGAGCUGGGGUCCUGGACUUAACUGCUGUGUCACAGCCCCGAGGACUCCCUGUGAAUAAACAGCUGGGGCGAGCCGGGCCAAAUUCUUGGAUUCCAA